GUAGUGCUGACUUGGUACAUGUGAGCGGCAGCAUGGCGGCCCAUCGCUCCGGACCGCUCAAGCAGCAGAAUAAAGCUCACAAAGGCGGGCGGCAUCGUGGUCGUGGGUCCGCGCAGCGGGACGGCAAGGGUCGUCUAGCUCUGAAAACUCUAAGCAAGAAGGUGAGAAAAGAUCUUAGCAGAGUAGACCAGAGGCAUCGCGCCAGCCAGCUCCGAAAGCAGAAAAAGGAGGCGGUUUUGGCAGAAAAGAGACAGCUUGGCAGCAAGGAUGGCCCUCCUCAUCAGGUACUGGUGGUGCCCCUGCACAGCAGGGUUUCCCUGCCAGAGGCCUUUCGCCUGCUUCAGGAUAGGGACACUGGAACAGUACACUUGAAAGAAUGGGGAAGCACUCAUAGUUUUAUGCUGUUAUGUCCCCGCUUGAAACAUCGGUGGUUUUUCACAUCUGCAAGGCCAGGGGACCUGCAUACUGUGUUAGACAUGGCUAAAGUGGCUGAUACCAUCCUGUUCCUCCUUGAUCCACUGGAAGGCUGGGAUAGCACCGGGGAUUACUGCCUUUCCUGCCUCUUUGCUCAGGGCCUUCCAACUUAUACAUUGGCCGUCCAGGGAGUUUCUGGCCUCCCGCCAAAGAAACAAACAGAUGCCAGAAAGAAGUUAAGUAAAGCAGUGGAGAAACGCUUUCCUGAUGACAAACUCCUCCUGUUAGAUACUCAGCAGGAAGCAGGGAUGCUGCUCAGGCAGUUGGCCAACCAGAAGCAGCGGCAUCUUGCCUUUCGAGAUCGGCGAGCUUACCUAUUUGCUCAUGCUGCUGACUUUGUGCCUAGUGAAGAGAAUAACUUGGUGGGCACCUUGAAAAUCUCAGGCUAUGUUCGUGGACAGGCUCUGAAUGUAAAUAGCUUGCUGCAUAUUAUUGGACAUGGUGAUUUCCAGAUGCAACAGAUAGAUGCCCCUAUGGACCCUUUCCCUUUAAAUCCUAGAGUUAUCAAGUCUCCGAAGGACCCAGACAUGGCAAUGGAGAUUUGUGCUGCAGAUGCUGUAGCUGAUAUGGAAGAAGACCUUAAGGUCCUAAUGAAGGCAGACCCUGAUAAACAAGAAUCUUUGCUAACAGAAGUUAUCCCAGAUCCAAUGGAGGGUGAACAGACCUGGCCCACGGAGGAGGAGCUGAGUGAGGCACAGGACUUACUGAAGGAAAGUUCCAAGAUGGUAAAAAAGGUUCCCAAAGGAACAUCCGCUUAUCAGGCUGAAUGGAUUUUGGAUGAGGAUGGCGAAAGUGGUGGGGAAGGAGAUGAGUAUGAUGAUAGAGAACAUGAGGAUUUUAUGGAAGAAGACUCUCAGGAUGAGGGUAGUGAAAAAGAAGAGGAGGAGGACUGUGAAACGAUGACUGUGGGAGAGUCUGUGCGUGAUGAUCUCUAUGAUGAGAAAGUGGAUGAAGAGGUUGAGGAAAAAAUGCUGGAGAAGUAUAAACAAGAAAGACUGGAAGAGAUGUUUCCAGAUGAAGUAGAUACCCCACGUGAUGUGGCUGCUAGAAUUCGGUUUCAGAAAUACAGAGGUCUCAAGAGCUUCCGGACAUCUCCAUGGGAUCCUAAGGAAAACCUUCCUCCAGAUUAUGCUCGAAUCUUUCAGUUUCAGAACUUUCUUAAUACUAGGAGACGCAUCUUUAAAGAGAUUGAAGAAAAAGAGGUUGAAGGAGCUGAGGUGGGCUGGUAUGUCACGCUUCAUGUCUCUGAAGUUCCUAUGUCAGUGGUUGAACACUUCAAGCGAGGAGCACCCUUGAUUGCGUUUUCUUUACUACCUCAUGAACAGAAGAUGUCAGUACUUAAUAUGGUGGUAAGCCGUCACCCUGGCAACACCGAACCCAUAAAAGCUAAAGAGGAGCUGAUCUUCCACUGUGGAUUCAGGCGCUUCCGAGCCUCACCUUUAUUCUCUCAGCACACUGCAGCGGAUAAACAUAAAUUUCAGAGAUUCUUGACUGCUGACAUGGCCCUGGUGGUGACAGUAUAUGCCCCAAUCACCUUUCCUCCUGCAUCUGUGCUGCUUUUCAAACAAAACAGCAAUGGAAUGCACAGUCUCAUUGCCACAGGCCAUCUAUUGUCAGUGGAUCCAGACAGAAUGGUCAUCAAGAGAGUUGUUCUGAGUGGUCAUCCUUUUAAAAUUUUUACUAAGAUGGCCGUGGUGCGUUACAUGUUCUUCAGCAGAGAGGAUGUGCUGUGGUUUAAACCAGUGGAACUGAGAACAAAGUGGGGACGUAGGGGACACAUCAAGGAGCCUUUAGGUACUCAUGGCCACAUGAAGUGCAGUUUUGAUGGGAAGCUAAAAUCUCAGGACACAGUACUGAUGAACCUCUAUAAACGAGUUUUCCCCAAAUGGACUUAUGAUCCAUAUGUACCGGAUCCAGUACCUUGGGUGAAAAAUGAGAUCUCUUCAACAGUACCUGAAGAGGACAUGGAAUAAUGGAUUCUGUGGGCUUCUGUCUUGUUGCUACCAGUUAGCACUCUGGGGGUGGGAGCCCGUAGGUUGUGACUGGGCAGUUUGUUUUCUGCAUAGGCUUAGGGGUCUCUACUCCUUUUUGCGGAAGACUUUCUUAGCCUUAACAAGGUGUCUCAGUUAAGUAUCGAUGUUUUUCUAUCCCUACUUAGUCUGAAAACUAUUAAAUCUUACUGAAAUGUCCAUUCUCCAUCAGGAGUUUGAAAGGUGUUUAAGAGGGGAAGAUUAGGAAGUUGACAGUGACCAGGAGACAAAAUUUCCAGGUGUCUAUUCUAGACAUUGAAUCCCUUUUUGUCCUUUUGCACAUAUUAAACAGAAACAGAAUGUUAAGGAGCUGGCUUUUCAGCCUGCCUCAUCCAAGCUAGGGAGGUUAAGUCUACAUUUCCACCACUGAGCACAAUGCAAAUGUUCUUUACUUCUGCGGAAACUGUUUGAAAAUGCUGAGACAGCACAGCAGCCACUCCAACACCAGCUGUAGGUUCAAUAAGCAGUUUCAUCCUCUCCCACACCAGCUGGGUUGCAGACUGUUAAUAUGGAAGGGAGUAAGAAUUAGUAAAAUGAUAGCCGGGGAAAGAGCCUAGUUGGUUGGCCUUUUAAAUUAAAGGCCAGAUGAGAAUAUAUGCCCAGUCUGAAUUUUCUUAUUGCUGUAUGUUUGUGCUUGCCAGUGAAACGGGCAGGGCUUGCUUGCUCCCCCCCCCCCCCCCCGCCCAUUCAAACUACACUUCUACUAUCUUGAUACAUCUAGGGCACCCUCCCACAUUCAUGAAACCACCUAGUCAAGUCCCCAGUGGGUGAGUUGCUACUUACAAAGGGAAGGGUUUUUGCAUAAGUUGCUCUAUUCUUUUGUUAUUUCCUUACCUCUUGGAGCCUCACCUUAAUUUCAUCCUCUGUGACAGUGAAGACGUCAUCCACAAGGUCCCUUAUGAUAGGCCAGGUGUUUAGGCCAAUGCUGGAUUUGACCCCAUCUGCUAUGGUGUCUGGAGGUUGAGGAUUGGGGAUCAGUUCUCCUUUCAGUUUGGACUGGUAGCAGUCAUCUGCAUUCAAGGGUUCAGCAGCAUAUACCUUCACAUUAGGUCUCAGAGCCUAGGAAGAGGAAUAUUAGAUACCUUACAACUGGCCAAAGCAUUUUGCCUGCAUGCUUGAAGUAAAGUAGGCAGUACGAUUAACACGUUUCUGCCCAAGAGUCUUUUAAUUGAUGUAAUGGAAACCAGGUCUUUGAGCACUUUAAAUUGGAUUCCACCAUGUGUUACCUAAAACACAGCUGGUUCUGCUGGUGACUUGGGAAAAGAAUAACUCAACUUGGAUUGUAGGUUGAUGAGAUGGAAUUCAAAGAAAGGACUGUGAGAUUGCCACUCAUUGUAACUGCUUUUAUGCUGUAAAGUUUUCAUUAAGGAAGGAGUGGUGAUGCAGAGAAGGGGCUUCUGACUCAAGUGCCAAGGGAUGAUGAAAAGGAAUGGCAAUUUGGAGGGAAUGUUGGGCAGAUAUUCACAAUGUACUAUGAUCUAAAAUAAACUUCUAUGCCUGAA